AUGCUACCUCCAACUGUCUACCAGGUGUCUACCAGUGGUACAAGGGAGUAUAUCCCUUUAGAGCCCCUUAACAUAAACGCGGAAGAGAACAAUGAUGAGGCUGAAGAAGAGCCCCAUCGCAAGGCAAGUAAUAUCUGGCAUAGAAUUGAUACCACCAGUGUUCUGACUGUAUUCCUUGGCUUCCUGCUUCUCAUGCUCACAGUGACACUCCUGGCCAUGUUUUGGCAUGAAUCAAUGAAAGCUAUCGAUGGGGCAGAGCCAGGUAUCUACUGGGUGCGUGUUGUCAAUGCAGGCUGGGCGGCGCAACUGGUGACGGUAUGCACUGCUUCUAUCCGAACAGUGAUGGCUUUCCAGGCCGGUCUUGCCACGGCCAUGGUCGCUGGGAUUGUUUUGGAAACUACAGGGGCACCUCUCCUACAUGGUCCAUUUUACUCUAUUCUCCGGGCAGUCAAGGUAGCCCCCAGUAAUCUUUGGACUUCGACCGACUUCCAGCCUCAUCUGUCGCGCUUUAUUUAUGUGCUGGUGCUCACCGAGGUGCUGGUGACAGCAACGUCUCAGUUCCUGUCCACCAUCUUUCUGUCUGACUUUGGCAAUGGAACCUUCUCCCAGCCCAGCAGCUCAAGCAAUGUCGGUAUACUUCAUACGGAAUAUAAUGCCGAUAUUUCAAGGACAAUGCCCCCUGCAGCUAGCUGGACGUUCGCCGAGCUGUCGGGAUUAUUUGAAAACCGAUUGGGGUUCCAUGAUACCGGGCACACCUUUCGAGCUUUCCUUCCUUUCGAGGGGGAGGCGCAACGAACCAAACUCCGCUGGCUCCGAGGCCCAGUGCCAGUCACGGAUCAUCGGGUUAUCUGCGCCACUUGCCUCACCAACUUCGCCAUGCAAACCCUCACCGUCGGAAUGAACAGCACAUCCAACAAUCUAGAGCCUAAGACUGCUUGGGACUACCGCACCGAGAGGUACAACACUCAGCUCCCCCGCCUCCAACUAGGCGUAGUACCACCGGGCAAUAAGAGCUCUGCCGACCAACGGGGUAUCCUCAUGCUAGACCCCCGAUCCCAAUGGGAACCCUUCCACAUCCCAGCAGAUACCCCGGGACUGGGUACCUUGGCACUCGGAGCCAACUCAACCACCUUCUUCAUGAGCAUCCUCACCAGCUUCCCCAAUUUCCUCCUUUCCAACCUCAACUACACAUUCGACUCCGGCGUGAUCCUCUCUCGCAUAAACACCUAUAUGAGCUUCGGCACCGCUCAUCCGACCCUUGUGGACCUGUUCCAGGACACCCUAAUUACGACUGCCAGUCCGGCGUUGGCUCUCCAGGCCCUGUUGACCCGGGUCUGUCAAAUGGCAUACUACGAGCAAUUGAUCAAGCUAAAGAGUCCGGUCACGGUCGUGACGGCGUUCUCACUCACUGCGACGGUUCCUGUGCAGUGGACGGGUUUCGUACUGGGAGUGGUGCUCAUUGUUGUUCACUCGGUCAUUGUGGUGGUGAUCAUCUUUCUGUUUGUGAGAUCGACUGAGAUCUCGUUCAUUGGGAGUUACUGGCAGACGGUAGCGCAAGUAGUUUCAAAGGAUACUCAGCCGAUUCUAGAGGAGGCGGAUCGGAUGGAUGAUGGAGCUGUGAAGGAGUGGGCGAAGGGAGGAAAGGUGGUAGAGUCAUCGGUGAGUCGUUUUGCUUUGCGGGAGAGUGCUGGUGGACGAGUUACUUUAGGGCUUGCAGAGAAUGGAAAGUAG